AUGAAGUUAGCUUUCGCUUCGAUAGUCAUCUUUUUACAAUUGUUUGCUGUUUCGUGGGCAUUUUCUAUUUCUAAAGGCUCAAUUAAAUCAAACGGAGAAUCAGUAGCGUUCGGAGAAAUGAAUACACAAGAAAUCAAAAAAUUAUCCAUCAAUUCACCAAAGGAUAAGAUUGACAUCAGCUUGAAUUUGAAAGAUGACUUCUCGAAGGCUCCAAAUCAGAUUGUUGUUAGUUUAGGAAAUAACAAAGGGUUAGAUUCCUCAUAUGUCCCUAAAUUUGAUGCCAGCUCCAAGCUAAUCUCUUUAUCCAUUCCAGUUAAAAAAAUUGCAGAAAGAUUGAAGAUUGAAGACAAGUUGUUCUUGAAUUUAAUCGUGGGUGAUUCUGGAAGUAGUGCAAAUUUAUUUAAGUCUUUAGUUGAGAUUAUUCCUACUGAAGAAUUGAAAGCAUCAUCGACAUAUACUGAAGUUGAAAGAAAUGGAAUUAAGCCAGAAAUUCACCAUCAAUUCAGAGAGGAUCCAAAAACCGUGAAUCCAUUGAUUCCAUUAGUAUUUAUUGGUGGUGCUACAGCAUUAUUCUUCGGGUUAGUUGUUGCCUGGGGCACUAUGAUCGGCUCCGAUUUAUUCGGAACAUUUAAUCAAGUUUCAGGAUGCAAAGUGGUUUAUAACUUAGGGUUCUUAAUAUCGUUAGUUGGUUUUGAAUUCACCUUCAUUAGAUACUACUUGGGUGCUACUAUUUUUGUUACUUUGUUCUACGCUUUUGUCCUUGGAGGUCCAAGUAUUUAUUUUGGAUCAAGAGUUUUCAGAGAUUUAGCAAAAUACCAUAGAGCUGGUAGAGCUUGA